CAUCGUCUUCACUUGUACACCGUAUCUCGCGGGCGGCCUUUUUAUGAGCAGCUAGUUGGAUCUUGCUCUCCCUGACCCAGAGUGAACGCAUCCUCCUCCUCCUUCUCUUGGAACCAAACCAAGAUAAGCAAUGGCUCUAGUUGGUCAGGCUGCCAUGGUUGCGCAAUUUGCAGGAGUGGACGCCUACGGGCUCAUCAAGAUGAUCGCCGAUGCGGCGCAGACGGUCCGGAGGAACAGAGCCACCUGCCUGCAGCUCGCGCGCCGCGCCAAGAUGAUCGGAGACCUGCUGCACCAGCUCCACGCCGCGCAGCUCAUGCAGCAGCCGGAGACGAGGAACCCCAUUGAGCAGCUCGAGGAGACGCUCCGGCGUGCGCUGCUGCUCGUCAGGUCCUGCCAGGGCAGCGGAUACCUCUACCGGUGCUUCAUGGGGGCGCGCCACGCCGACGAGCUCCGCGAGGUGCAGGGUGAGAUCACGUUCUACCUCCAGCUUUUCCCUCUCGUCAGCUACGUCGACACCACCCUCACCUGGGUCAGACUCCUCAACAAAGGUGCUGCUCCUCAACCUCCUUCAUGCAAAGAGGCACCUGUGGUAAGACCAUAUUUUGUGCCGGAUGAAUGGUGCUUGCUAGUUUCUUAUUCAGGAAGUAUACCUUGGCACUGUAUACACAUGGUUUACAUCCUUCUCUUCUUUUUAAUAUCUAUUAACCACCCGUCGGCAAAAUUUAUCUUGGCAUGUAUCUGCAGGAGUUAAAAUUGUUGUGCAGCUGACCAAUUGUUUCUUUUCUCAUCACUUCAUUGAUUGAAAGGAUUAGCAAUUAUACUAUCUAGCUAGCACAAUGUUUCUGCAACUGCUAGUUAGCAUUGUGCUUGUUAUGUAUCGCGUUCGUGCUCUUGUCUCUGGAGAACCUGGCUGGCAUAGAAUGAAAUUCAAGUUCACCCGAUCCAAACCGCAGUAGUAAGUCGGUCUUUCGUUCGUGUGCCAAAUAGGUAUGUUGGUAUUUUCUUUUCCUUGCAGAAGAUCAGAUCAUAGUUGAGAACUGAUCAUGAGAAUCUUGUGUAUUGUUGUUUGUUUGCCACUCGAGUUAUUGGGUGUUCACCUUUGCAUCCGAAAGCUUACAUUUUGAUCCAUCAGGAUCACAAAGUUCCAGUUUCGGAGGCGCAGUCGCCGUCACAGGUGCUGUUGGAUAAUCGGUGUAAAGAAACUUACAUGCCCCCUUCACAUGCUGCAACCCUCCAGUUUCAAAGGGUAGCCUGUGUAUUGCAUCACACAUGACUUUGCUUGAAGGCCCUCUCUCAUCUAUAUAAGCAAAUGUAGCUUUUCUAUACCCUAUUAUUACAGGAAAAAGAAUCAUUGUAGCGAAAAUAGCAACAAUAGCUCUUGCCAUUCUGCGUCACAUCUGAUCUUGACUUGUAAUUUUUCACCAGCUUCAGCCUCAGGUUUCUGAAUAGUAGGAGGUGAGCUCGGAAGCAGCAAUAAGUCUCAAGCCCAGUGCCACUGUACAAUUGAUCCAGGCAUCAGAGCUGAUAGAAAAUUAGAAGAGCGAAUAUAGGACGCUGGUUCCAGCAAAACUUGUCUCAUUCAACUUCCUUUGAUCCCAAAGAAACCCGUUUUGCAACGCCCGCGGCCAGAGUUACAGAUUUACAUAAACUGCAGAGAUAAUACUGGUUCUCACACAUGGUUCUUGUUUACCUUGUAUCUGCGCAUUGCCAUUGGCCGUACCUUGGAGUUUCUCUGUAACUGCGCAUGACCAUUGGGCGUACCUUGGAGUUUGUCCAAGCAGGCAUACGCCCCACUUUAUAUUAAUAAAGCCAUGCAGCAAAAUGGUACUA